AUGGCAAAAGUGGGGAAGCUAACAAAGCUCAAGUCAGUCAUAAAGAGAUGGCCUUCAUUCACCAAGCUCACCCGCACCACAAGCUCCAUAGCUGCCGCAACAAGCGAAUCAGAUCAUGACAGCAAGGUCUCCAAGGAGCUUCAUGCUGUGUACGUGGGCAAGUCCAGGAGGAGAUACUUGGUUAACUCAGACAUCGUUGAUCACCCCAUCAUCCAAGAGCUGGUGGACACGUCAUCAGGUGAGGUGGUGGUGGCCUGUGAGGUGGUGCUGUUUGAGCACUUGCUGUGGAUGCUGGAAAACUCCGAGACUCAGUUGGGCUCCAUGGACGAGCUUGUUGAGUUCUACACUUGCUGA